AUGGCAACUGGAGUGUACCCCCCAGAUAUAUCACACAUUGCUGCCAUAGCCCGCGAGCCGAAUGCAUACGAUUUAAGAGCUCGAGCCGAUGCUGUUCUGACUAUUCUUCACCGAUACCAAUAUGCAAAGACAGGAAGUGGGACCAUUGUCACCUCUCACAGCCUCAAUCGCCUUGUCAUUCACAGAGAAAAGAACUUCAUCUGCCUCCUUCUGUGCUUGGAUGCGAGUACGGGUACGUCCCAAGAUAUACGCAUUGCUGUGAUUGUAAUAUUUGCUGCCAUUGUUGUGGCGAAGAAACCCGGACGUCUCGCAUCUGCUGCUCGAUUUGUUGUCAAUGCCCAGUUUGCCUGA